AUUAUUUUCGUUUUGUAGUUUGUACAGAGCUCUGAGUUAUUCGUAUUUUCUUGUUAUUACUUGUAUUUUUUUGAUAUUUUCCACCAGAAAUUCCCCGUAAACUCAGUGUUCAUCACUGAAUCGUUGUCAUCAAUUAUCACUAGAACAGCCUGACACAAUUCCGAACAUUUCCGGUUUAUUUCCACAACGAUGGCGGACAGUGCCAGCGAGAGUGAUUCAUCGUCCAUCGACGGUGGACCUAUCAUGAUGCCUCCAUCGCCGAUCACAAGGGAACAGAUGCAAAAGCGAAUCGAUUCCCUACAGCAGCAAAAUCGUGUACUCAAAGUAGAAUUAGAAACCUACAAGUUAAAAAUGAAAGCGAUGGAUGAAGAAUGCAAACGACUGCGUGAGACAUCAGUUUAUAUUCAAGUUAGAGCAGAACAAGAAGAAGAAUUUAUUAGUAAUACCCUUCUAAAAAAAAUUCAAGCUUUAAAAAAAGAAAAGGAAACAUUAGCCCAUCAUUACGAACAAGAAGAAGAAUGUUUGACAAAUGAUCUGUCACGAAAAUUAACUCAGUUACGACAAGAAAAAUGUAAAUUAGAACAGACUCUAGAACAGGAACAAGAAUGUUUAGUUAAUCGACUUAUGCGUAAAAUUGAAAAACUAGAAGCAGAAACUCUUACAAAGCAAACAACUUUAGAGCAAUUACGGCGUGAAAAGGUUGAUUUAGAAAAUACAUUGGAACAAGAACAAGAAGCUUUGGUAAAUAAACUAUGGAAACGUAUGGAUAAAUUAGAAGCAGAAAAAAGACAAUUACAAAUAAAGUUGGAUCAGCCUGUUUCUGAUCCAGUACUACCUAGAGAUCAAGUAGGACCCAACAAAGGUGAAAUGGCUACAAAUAUAAGUGCACAUUUACAACAUUUACGUGGAGAAGUUACCAGAUUACGACACCAACUUGAUUCUUCUAAAAAAGAAAAUUCUAAAAAGAUGGAAAAAAUGGCAAAAGAAGAGCGACAAGUACGUGAAGACAAUUUACGAUUACAAAGAAAAUUACAACUUGAAGUUGAAAGACGUACAGCUCUAUGCCGUCACUUAUCAGAAUCUGAGAGUAGUUUAGAAAUGGAAGAAGAACGUCAAUAUAAUGAAAUGGCUUCCAAUCGAUGCCGAACGUCAUCGAGUCCACUUCCAUUUCCUCCAUCUCCUAGCCAAUCUAGGCCUCUUAGUCCUGGAUCCACUGCUGGAACACCAGGAGUGUUUCGUGGCGAAAUUGGUGUAUUGGGCUAUGCCAACAUGAAUCGAUGUUAUAUUUGUGGCCAAGCUGUACCAUCGAAUCUCGUCAUAGGAGCACCAUCAACUCCUUUAUGUCCUACUACUCAAGUGAUAAAUCAAUCUCGAACUUUAUCGUUGGGGCGUCCAGUCAGUGAACGUUUUGUUAAGCCAAUUGUGCCACUAUCAUCUAAUAUAGUUAAUAGUGGUAGUAUACCAACCAGUUCACAAAUCCCUUUGCCCAGUUCAACGUCACCAUCAUCAUUACCUGCAACACUGAUGGAUUCAGCCAAAUACUAAUUUAAUCUUAUUUAUGUACAUACAUUACAAGCAUAUAUUAUAUUAUCUAUGUAUGUAUAAUUUUAC